AUGAUAUACCUAUAUUUUCUAUUAUUGAUAUCAACAGUUAGAGCAGAGUAUAUUAUGAAGCCUGUGCACCCGCAUGAAUAUUUGAAUAAUUACUACAUAGAGUGCUUAGAUGAAGUAACAGCUUUGUGUAUUGUUGACGCAUAUAGUAAUGAUACAGUCGUAGUACAGGAUAUGUCGAACACCCCUGAAGAAGCAAAGUAUUUGCGAAAGAUAUUCGAAGCAUGUAAAGUCACUAGGCCAUCUACUAACGCAAUACUAUAUAAGUGGCAUGGAGCUGACAAGAUGGUAUAG